CCGGGCGGCGCGGCGUCAACGCCGGAAGUGUUUGCCCGCGGAGACAAGAGUGAGGAGAGAAGGCGCCGGACGCUCUGAGGGGAAAGUCAUGACCGGAUAAGCGAAGCAUUUUUUGGGGGAAAUGGCUUCUCCUUUCAAUGGUCCCACAGCAGUUUCUGAUGUAAUUAAAGAUCUAGAUACUCAAAUAGCUUUGAUUGGUUUAGGCCCACACAAUCCCAAAAAGAAGCAAGAUCUUGACAAGCUCUAUGACCUGAAGGCUAAAGCUCAGCAGAUUAUGAACCAGUUUGGACCAUCUACCUUGAUCAAUUUGUCCAACUUCUCCUCUGUCAAACCAGAGCCAGCCAGUACUCCCCCGCAUAGUUCCAUGGCCAACAACACCGCCGUGGCCAAGAUGCCCGGGACCCCCAGCAGUGGGGGGCGCCUCAGCCCUGAAAGCAACCAGAUCUUAUCAAAGAAGAAGCUGCAGGAUCUUGUCAGAGAGGUGGAUCCAAAUGAGCAAUUGGAUGAAGAUGUUGAGGAGAUGCUGCUGCAGAUUGCCGAUGACUUCAUUGAAAGUGUGGUGACGGCUGCCUGUCAGCUUGCGCGGCAUCGCAAGUCCAACACUUUGGAAGUGAAAGAUGUUCAGCUGCAUCUUGAGCGACAAUGGAACAUGUGGAUUCCAGGUUUUGGCUCUGAAGAAAUUAGGCCGUAUAAAAAAGCUUGCACUACAGAAGCUCACAAACAGAGAAUGGCACUGAUCCGCAAAACAACCAAAAAAUAACACCCGAGAACGACACAAAGACCGAAAUGGCCCAAAUGAAAAUGAAUUUGCUGGGGAGCGGGAAUCAGCCUUUCAAGCAGUCAUGUUUCUAUGACAUCCUCCAUGGGAUUAUGUUUUCAGCGCUUUGCAGAGAAGUGCAUACUUUAACAGCGCAGCUGUAUCUGAGCUUGAAAGGAGAGCUGCCCAAAGCCAUUAGGUCCUCCCCCCCCCUCUGUAUUCCUCCCAAAAGAACACAAUAUACCUUGAAACACAGACUUUAUUUUCUGUCUUCAAAGUGAUUUAUGUUGUCGGUGGUUUUCCAAAGGACAGAAUAUUUUGGGAACAGUAUUAGAAGUGGCUAGAGAUGUUUUCAUUCCCCUUCUUUGUAAUGUUGCUGGUUAUCGAUAUUUGGUUUUGGGGUAAAGGAAUUAUCAAUCCAGGUUAUAAUAGUGACGCAAACUCCAAAAACCAGUGCACUUCAUUCAGGGUGGCCCCAGGGAAAGGGAUGAUGGUUACAAGCAAUUGCCUGACCCCUCUCUCUUUUAAUGCUCCAUGUGUAGGAAAAAAUAAAGUUUGGUUCUUCUUA